UGCUGCUGCUGCUGCUGGUGCUGCUGUGGGUUCCUUCGUCGCGAACAUGAUCGGUGCGGUGUUCUUCAGUGUUCUCGCGGCGCUGCUCGCGCUCCUUCUCUAUCAGAAGAUGAGUGCUCCGUUCCUCUGCGUGGAUCUGAUUCACUACUUGAAACUGCGGAGCUACAGAAAGACGCUGCAGACUCGCAUGCAGCAGGGAAUCCUCACGUACCUCGACUGUUUCCUGUACCAGGCGAGGAAGAACCCGAACAAACCCUUCAUUAUCUUCGAGAAGCAGACCCUGACCUACCAGGACGUGGACUACAGAAGUAACCAGUUUGCCAGAGUGUUCCGUUUGCACGGUUUUCUAAAGAAAGGAGACAUUGUUGCUCUGUUGAUGUGCAACGAACCGGACUUUAUUUGUGUGUGGCUCGGGCUGUGUAAACUGGGAUGUGAGGUCGCCUUCAUCAACGUCAACAUUAAAGCCAAGUCUCUACUUCACUGCGUUCACAGCUGCGGAGCGAAGACUGUGGUCGCGGGCACAGAUUUGGUGUCUUUGGUAGAGGAGACGCUGUCUGAGCUGAAGAGAGACGACAUGGCUGUUUGGGUGGUGGACCACACGGCUCCCUCCGAGGAUUUCAACAGUGUAUUAGAUAAGCUGGAACACAUGUCUGGAGAAAGCUUAAGCGAACUUCCCAAGGUUGACAUCAUGUCCAACUUCCUCUUCAUUUUCACAUCAGGCACCACAGGUCUUUGCAAGGCAGCCCGCCUCGGUCACUUCAAAGCCAUUAUGAGCAUGGCCUUCUUCGAAAUGUGUGGAGCUUCAUCUGAUGACAUCAUCUACAUCACUCUUCCUCUUUACCACAUGUCUGCAUCACUGUUGGGGAUUGGUGGAUGCAUACAGCUGGGUGCGACUUGUGUGCUGAAAAAAAAGUUUUCUGCCAGUCAGUUCUGGAAGGACUGUGUGCAACACAAUGUGACUGUGGUGCAGUACAUAGGAGAGCUGUGUCGAUACCUCGUCAAUCAUCCUGUGGUUCCAGAGGAGAGAACUCACAGGGUACGACUGGCUGCAGGAAGUGGCCUCAGGCUGGAUGUUUGGAAGAAGUUUGCCCAGCGCUUUGGUAGAAUCAAGAUCAGGGAGGGUUAUGGUUUGACUGAGGCCAGUAUCGGUUUCCUCAACUACACAGAUGAGAUUGGACCCAUUGGAAGAGCAAGCUAUUUCAACAAGCUUUCUAUGCCAUUUGAGGUCCUUAAGUAUGAUCCUCAGUCCAACGAGCCGGUCAGAGCAGACUCUGGAAGAUGCAUACGAGCAAAUAUAGGAGAGGCAGGGAUCUUGGUCGCUCCACUUACAGCUAUCAACCAAUUUCUGGGCUACGCUGGGAACAAGGUGCAGUCAGAGAAGAAGCUGCUCAGGGAUGUGUUUAAAGCCGGCGACGUCUAUUUUAACACUGGAGACCUGCUGCUCCAAGAUCACAGGGACUUUCUUUACUUCCAUGACCGCAUCGGCGACACCUUCAGAUGGAAAGGAGAGAACGUAUCCACGACAGAGGUGUCAGAGGUUGUCGGUCUUCUCGAGUUUAUCAAAGAGGCCAGUGUGUAUGGCGUCACAGUCCCAGGACGUGAGGGUCGAGCAGGGAUGGCUGCUAUUGUGUUACAACACGAUCACAAAUUAAAUGGACCACAACUCUUCAACCAUUUGGCACGAGCACUUCCUGCCUAUGCCUGGCCACGGUUUCUCAGAGUGCAGACCUCUCUGGAUGUGACUGAGACCUUCAAGCAGAAAAAGAUGCAGCUGGUCCAGGAAGGUUUUAAUGUGGAUAUCAUCAGGGACCCUCUCUUCUACUUAGAUAUCUCUCAGAAGGAUUAUAUCUUUAUGACUGGAUCUGUGUAUCAAGAUAUUGUGUCAGGAAAGAUUAAUUUAUAAGCAUGUUCAGUCAGGAGAAUGAUCCUCUGUAUCAUGGUCACAUUUCUGAGAUCAUUAACAUCCAGUCACAAGUGUUCACCUCACAUUUCUAGUGUAUACGUGACCACAUUCCGUCUGUCUCCUCAGUCUGAUGUCCUGACCUGCUGCAGUUUCACAGGGAACUUAAAGUAUUUUUACACUUCUCAGGGUCCGUAUCAGUUUAUUUGUAACCACUGUUACAACAAUUAGGUGGUAGUUCAGGUUUUGUGUGUGUGUGUGUGGGGUUCACAUACACAGGGGUUCACCCCUGCACCACAGUGCUCACACUUAGAUAACACACACUUAACAAAAGACUUACCUUAUAAAAUGUAUGCAGAAGUCUAUAAUAUAAUACAAUGCAAUGUAAUACACAACCACCUUUUUCUGAGUGGGACCUGACGUGUGUGUCACUUUGUAAACCACUCACUCUCCCACACCAACGUCCACACACGACAAACGCUAACCUGUGUGAGAGUGUGUGGAAUACACAGCGACACAAACCUCAGGCUCUCACAAGUGCUGCUGUGAUUUUUAAUGACACUAUUAUAAAGAAAGAUAUUACGA